UUUUAAAAGAGAAGGAGCAGCUAUGUUGCCUUCUUGAAUCAUUGAAGGUAAGUCCAGCCAGCCAACACCAAAGCAGCACUCCCCAAAAUAAUGGUGCAAAUUUUCAACGAAGAUCUCGUGAGUUGGUACCUCAUCACCUUGAAACUCAAAGAAACUGUAAUAGCCAGAAUCCAACAAAGUCCUAUUCCCACUCCUACAGCCCCCUCAUCAAUUGACCCGGAAAAACAACAUCAAGAACAUCUUCAGAUCAGACAACAUCAUCACCAACGAAUCAUGAGCAAUCCAGAAACUGGUCACAAAUUUGAAGAGAAGACCAACAAAACACCAGACCAUUCGGAGUGGGUGAUCAACAUCAAAGAAAAACUCGACCAAGCCCGCCGAGAAAACACAACAUCUGCCUGGUCAAAGAUGUGCAUCUACAGAGUCCCUCAGUGCCUGCUAAAAAGUGACGACAAAGCUUAUAUUCCCCGGACCGUCUCCUUGGGGCCUUACCACCACGGGCGGAGAGACCUUCGCACCAUGGACCGCCACAAGUGGCGCGCCCUUCACCGUGUCCUGAAGCGUACCCAGCACGACAUUAGUCUAUAUCUGGACUCCAUUAAAGAGAUGGAACAGCAUGCCCGUGCUUGUUACGAAGGCACGAUUUCUCUCAGCAGCAAUGAAUUUGUGGAAAUGAUGGUGCUCGAUGGCUGCUUCAUACUGGAGCUGUUCCGAGGGGCUAUUGAGGGCUUCAAGAAGCUAGGUUACUCCCGGAAGGAUCCUAUCUUCGCGAUGCGUGCCUCGAUGCAUUCGCUUCAGAGGGACAUGAUAAUGCUCGAAAACCAGAUUCCCCUCUUCAUACUGGAUCGUCUGUUAGGGCUCGAGAACGGCGAUCCUCACCAGAGAGGGCUUGUGGCCAAGCUGGCAAUCCAAUUCUUCGAUCCGCUAAUGCCAACCGAUGAAUCAUUGACGUCGUCGUCAUCCUCAUCAUCGUUCAAGAAUUUAACCACGUUCGAUCCAUUCGCAGAGCAAGGCGGGCUUCACUGCCUCGAUGUUUUCCGGCGAAGUCUCAUGCGCGUGGGGCCUAAACCCGAACCCAAACACUGGAUCAACCGGUGGUCUUCGCAGGCGAACCUGGUGGUCGCCGACAAGCGGCGGCAACAAUUGGUCCAUUGCGUGACUGUACUGAGAGAGGCAGGGGUUAAAUUCAAGAAGGAGAAGACAGAUCGGUUCUGGGACAUAAAAUUCAAGGACGGGACUCUGAGCAUUCCUCGGCUGUUGAUCCAUGACGGUACCAAAUCGCUGUUGCUCAACCUGAUCGCGUUGGAGCAGUGCCAUCUCGAUUGCAACAACGACAUAACCUCGUACGUGAUAUUCAUGGACAAUUUGAUAAACUCCCCUGCGGAUGUGGCUUACCUCCAUUACCACGGCAUAAUCGAGCACUGGCUAGGCACCGAUGGGGAAGUAGUGGACCUCUUCAACCGCCUUUCGGAAGAAGUGCUUUUCGACAUCGAUGGCAGUUUUCUUUCGCAGUUGUCGGAGCAGGUGAACAGGUAUUACAAUUACAGGUGGAAUGCUUGGCGUGCGAGCUUGAGGCAUAAUUACUUCAACAAUCCCUGGGCUAUCAUCUCCUUCCUUGCUGCUGUGGUCUUGUUGCUGAUUACUUUUACUCAGACUUUUUAUGCAGUUUAUUCCUAUUACAAACCUCUUUCUUGAGCAGCUUUGAUAAUUGCACAACAUCCCGAUUCUGUAUCUUACUAUUAUUUUAUUUUUAACUGAUACCGCAUUUUGUAUUUUGUAAUUUCUCGGUCACUUCUCUUGUGUUCAUAGGGUGCAAUGCAAAUUCCUUUUAUUAUUAAUGAAGCGUUGAGUUAUAAUUAUCGGAGUUUGCCAA